AUGUCCUCGCCUGCCCCCUCGACGCAGGCGUUCAGCCUGAAGACGCGCCAGCCCAUCCCUGACGAGGAUGCCCUUCUCACGGAGGAGGACCGCAUCUUGAAACAGGCGACCAAGGGCGAGGACUGCACGACGCGCCGCCGCGCCUGCAAGAAUUGCGUCUGCGGCCGCGCUGAGCUGGAGCGCAAGCUUGAGGCGGAAGUUUUGACGAUGCCGCCUGGUGGGUGCGGCAACUGCUCCAAGGGCGAUGCCUUCCGCUGCGCCGGCUGCCCCUUCCUCGGCCAGCCAGCUUUUGAUGCCACAGAGGACGGCAAGGUAAAGCUCAACCUCACGGAUGAUGUGUGA